AUGUCCCAUGACCCACACAGCAGGAUCAACGGCCAUGUCUCAUUGGUAGAAUACAACCAUCAUGGCGGUGUCACGCAUUAUGCAUCUAAUUAUACAAUGAGAUACUAUUUGAAAGAGCUACGAGAAAAGCCCUCUUAUAAAGUCGUACACCUUUCAUCGAUACUGUUUGAUGUCGAGCGUCUCAAGACAUUACGCGAGGAAAUGACAGUAGAUGAUUCCUUAAUGUCGAAUAUUCAAGUAGCUCAAACUCUAUCGCUAUCUCAAAUGCUGAUUACUCUGAAGCAACUCAAAUAUAUUCCUCAGUGUAUUAUACUUGAAGAUUUGGAUGAGGCAUUUAAUGUCUCCAUGUUUGAAGACCAGAGAAAGUCUGGUCGAAUAAUGAUUGAAAUCAUCAAACAUAUCAGAGAUAUAUCCCAGAACCAUUUAACAACUGUUAUUAUUACACAACGCAAACCUCGACAGUCGAUUGGUUUACAUCGUGUAAGCAGCCUUUUACGGAAUAUGAUGGACAACCAGAUCCUCAUAGAUGGAGACAAUGUGCAGAUAGAUUCCAUUUAUGAUGACAUUGAUGUGUUUUUAAAUGCAAAAUAA